AUGGAAAAGUCCAAAGACAUCGAAACUCACCCCAUCGAGGGCACCAUCAGCCACCAUGACAAGGCGCCUGUCAGUCGGGAGCAGGAGCUCACCCUGCGGGAGGUCUUUAAAAACCACAAGAUCAUCGUGUGGUGGUGCUUCUACUGGGCCAUGUGUGCCGUCGGUUGGGGCUUCGAUGCACAGAUAAACGGCGCCAUGAUCGCCGUCGACUCCUUCCGCCGAGACUUUGGCUACCUCGACCUCCAGGGUGAAGCCAUCCUCCCCGCCGAAUGGCAGGCCGCCUUCAACACCAUCGCCUCCGUCGGUCAGAUCUUUGGUGGCUUCCUCUGCAGCUGGGCCGCCGACCGCAUCGGCCGCCGCUACUCUCUCAUCUGCGGCCUGAUCAUCUGCACCGGCGGAAUCGCCGGCGAGAUCGCCUCGGACAACCGACCCGCCUUCCUCGCCUCGAAGCUCGUACUGGGCUUCGGCCUCGGCUUCUACCUCACGCUGGCCCCGCUGGCGUGCAGCGAGAUCGCGCCAGUUGCCUUUAGAGGCUUCGCCACGGCCGGAGUCAACCUGGGCAUCGCCGUCGGCCAGCUGCUCUCCAACGCCGUCGUCAAGGCUUUUGGGGAGAGGACUGACGCCUGGGCAUACAAAGGCGGCUUCUCUACGCAGCUCUUCUUUGUCUUGUUUCUGGUCGUCUUCCUGCAUUUCCUGCCCGAGUCCCCAUGGUAUCUCGUCCGGGCUGGCAAGAAGGAGCAGGCCAUCAAGACCAUCAAGAAGCUCUACGGAAAGGACUACGAUGCCGAGACGCAGAUACUCGCCAUGGAGGCGACCAUCGCCGAGGAAUCUGCCAUACUCAGCGAACAACGUCUGGUCGACUGCUUCCGCGGCACCAACCUGCUGCGGACUGGCAUCUCCACCGGCGUGUUUCUUUGCCAACACCUCGUCGGCAUCAUUUUCGUCCUCGGAUACUCCACCUACUUCUUCAGGCUGGUCGGCGUCCAGCAGUCCUUUGAUCUGGGUGUUGGCGUCACAGCCUGCGGCGUCUUGGGCAACAUCUGCUCCUGGUUCGUGGUCGAGCGCUUCGGUCGCCGCCCCGUCUUCGUCGGCGGCAUGGCCAGCCUCACCGGGCUGCUCUUCCUCAUCGGAAUCAUGGACGUGGUGCCCACCGCCGCCGCAGGCUGGGUCAUGGCCUCUUCGACGGUGGUCUACGCGUUUGUGUAUUUCAUGACCAUUGGCGCCAUGGCCUUUGCCAUCCUGGGCGAGGCUUCCAGCACCAGCCUCCGAGCCAAGACCAUCUCGCUGGCCACGGCUACCCAGGCCAUCUGUGGCAUCGUGUUCAAUUUUGCCAUCCCCUACAUGGUAAACCCGGAUCAGGGCAACAUGAAGGGCAAGGUGGGUUUCGUCUUUGGUGGUCUGGCUUUGAUUGGCACAGUUGGAAGUUGGGUGUGGGUUCCUGAGCUCAAGGGCAAGACUUUUGAUGAGAUUGAUAGGUUGUUUGCCGCCAAGGUGCCUCCUAGGAAGAUGGGCAAGUCGUUGUAG